AUGCCAUUCACGAGUCAACAUGAGCCGACUCCCGACCCGAAUACCCAUUUACUUGUGGACGAUACCAUUGUCCAUGUUACAAAUGUAUGUGGUGAUGACACCGCUACUGCUUUGAAGGCGUUUUUCACGAAAAAACGCCCAAACCCCAGACACAAUGUAUCCCAAAUCGGCUUUUUUCAACUGCUCAGUCUGUGCCCAUAUGCCUCGGACACGCACUGA